AUUAACCGAUGCGCAUACGCAUCGUCACACACGCAAUCAAGCAACCGCCGAAAUGUACCGCAACAUCGCUUUAGUUUUGGCCGCCAUAGUCACCAGCCAUCUGUGCCUUGCGAACCCUGUACCAGAUCCCACAUUCGGAACUCACAGAACUCACAUCAGGAUCCACGUCCCAUCCGAAGUGCAUACAGUCCACCACCACCAUGUGGAAACCGUGCCCGUCGUGAGAGAAGUGCCCGUGGUACACACCGUCCCUGUCAUCAAGCCUGUACCUGUGUACAACACUGUACACGUCCCCGUUGUGAAGACAGUGGCCAUCGAAAAACCCGUCUUUGUUCCCGUCAGAGAGCACUACAGCAGCUACUUACAUUGAUCUAAAUACUUAGGGCCUUAGUAAUAAACUUUUUUUAUCCAAUGUUUUGUCCCUUUCACUCCCGUGCUGGGGACAAAACAAUGGUUACCAAUGGUAAUAAAGUUUAUUAGUAAGGAAGUUAGUACUCGUCAAAGCUUUAAUAGAUAGUUAAUGGUGACUGAUGAUGAUGAAGCGGAAAAGAUUACAGUAAUUAGAAAUAAUUAUUGUGAUCUCACGACGAUCUCAGUGAAUAGUCACAUUCUUCGUAGAUUAAAAAUACAACAUUAAAGUUUGGAUUUUU